AUGGCGUCCUCAUCCUCGUCCGGCAACGCCUUGAAAACCUUCAGUCUCCUUAACGAUGUCAAGGAGUUGACCGCGCAAGAUGAGAUCUUCCUCUACGACCACGCCGAGAAUCAGCGAGUAAACAACGAGAAGCCUUGGACACGAGACCCCGCAUUCUUCAAAGUAUGCAAGAUCUCUGCCGUCGCGUUGAUCAAGAUGGCUAUCCACGCUCGUUCGGGUGUGCCAUACGAGAUCAUGGGGAUGAUGCAGGGGAAGGUCAUGGGGAACGCACUCGUGAUUAUCGACUCCUUUGCUCUUCCUGUGCAAGGGACGGAGACCCGAGUAAAUGCUGCGAGCGAGGCAUACGAGUACAUGGUGCAGUACUCAGAGGGCAGUCAGCAGGUUUCUCGUCUGGAGAACGCCAUCGGCUGGUACCACUCCCAUCCGGGAUACGGAUGCUGGCUUUCAGGCAUUGACGUGAACACGCAAAUGCAAAACCAGAAGUUUCAGGACCCGUUCGUCGCGGUCGUCAUUGAUCCCAAUCGCACCAUUUCUGCCGGAAAGGUUGACAUUGGCGCGUUCCGCACGUACCCUGAGAAUUAUACUCCGCCGGACUCGGGCAGCAAUGAGUACCAGAGCAUCCCGCUCAACAAGAUCGAGGACUUCGGUGUCCACGCGAAUCAGUACUACCCCCUAGAGGUUCAGAUUUUCAAGUCGACGCUUGACUUCGAAGUUCUCGGGCUGUUGUGGAACAAAUACUGGGUCAACACGCUUAGUCAGAGUGCCUUGAUCUCGAGCCGUGCAUAUUCCGCCAACCAGCUCGCCGAUCUUCACCAGAAACUUUCCAAGGCACAGAGUGGCAUCUCCAGCACUCGCCCACCGCAGCCAAUCCUGAUUGACGAGAAGGCGGUGAUCAAGCAAAAGGAUACCAGCAAGCGGGAAGAGAGCACACUGUCGAAAGCGGUCAAAGACAGUGGCAAGAUUGCCAGUGAAGCGCAACACGGGCUCAUCGCUCAAGUACUCAAAGAUGUGAUCUUCUCAACUCGGCUGGGUUCAGGUUCCGGCACCGCCAGCAAUGUAGAGGACGUUGUGGACACCGCGAUGGCGAUCGGUUGA